AUGUACUUUCAGGAGGAGCCGGACCAAGCAGCAAAUGAGGAAUUAAAGAAGAAGGUGGUCAUCUGGCACCAAAAAUGUGAGCCAUAUUCUCUGAAUCUGGAAGAAGAACUUGUUCUUGGUGAUUACUUUUUCAACCCAUAUGGAAAAAUAGAGGUUCCACAGAAAGUCGAAAAACCCAUCAACUCUCGCAGUCUCUACCAAAAUCAACGAUCACAGAGACAAGGAUACGGUGAAGAGGGAAAGAUCUGA